CUGAUGUGGAGUUCACUCUCAAAAAUCAUGGAGUUACUCUCACCAUCUCUGAAUGGAAGGAUGCUAGUGAUGUUGAACCCAGUUAUCAAUUGGACGAGGUUUGGGUUCAUGUGAGGGGAGUACCUCACGCUUGGAGGCAUUAUUUGGGUUUUUGGGCCCUAGGAUCGGUAAUCGGCGCCACUCUUGAUGUAGACAUGUACACCUAUAGAAAGAUGGGCGUCAUCAGACUGCUUGUUGGUGUGAUGAGCAGAGAUCCACUACCCCUGACCACCGAUAUUGUUUUUGACAAGAAGGGAUACGAGAUCACCUAUUCUAUAGAGGAUAAGAACUUCAUUCCUGCAUCUCCGGUGAUUUUUAGGGAGGAGUCUCGUAAUGAUGGUGGGGGUGGUAUGGACAAGGUUUCUGAACAAGAGGAUAAAAGUCCAGAACAUGCUUUCAAAAAGCAUAAAUUAGAUGGGAAGGGGGGUGGUGCUGGUUCUAUGGCAGGGGGUUUUGGUGAUGGAGAAGAUUCUCCAAUGCUUGGGGCUGCUGCCAUUUCACCCUUGGAGAAGGCUAAUGAACCUGUGCCUGCUGUGAUGAAGGGUUUUCCUUUGCUCAACUUGUCUGCCCUGCAUUCUGUACGUCCCUCUUUGAUUGGCCGAACUGGGGCAGAUCUGAAGCUGCAUAAGAAUGGAAUGUCAUCUGCUGCUGGGUUUCUUUCUGGUGGCAAAAGGAGCUCUGUUGUUGGGUCAUAUGAUACUAAUGGCUGCAACUUAAUGCUACAGAGUAUUCUUGAUGAGCAGAUAGUGAGUAACAUGAAAGGGGCUGACCCGACUGGUGUGAUUAACUCUGUACACACGACCAGGAUUGUGCCUGACGCAAGCAGUUGGUCCAAGGUACAUGCUUUCCUCCCUCCCUCGCUUGAAUUUGGUCCUACUAUGCGUACUGAAUUUUAUCAGCAGGCUGCACGACAGGAGCAUAGAAUGCAGAAUAUUUACUCACAACUUUCUGCUGGAGUAUUUUCUUGUGGCAAAAGGAAUAUUGUUGUUGGGUCAGAUAGCACUAAUGGCUGCAACUUUUUGCUACAGAAUAUUCCUGAUGAGCAGUUAGUAAGUAACAAGAAGGGGGUUGGUCCGUCUGUUGUGCUUACUUCGGCACACACGGCCAUGAAUAUGCCAGCGGCAUGUUGCUGGUCCAUGCCUGCAUUCCAGGGACAGAGGAGUUUUGCAUUUGAAAGGGAGGGCCAGCCGAUGGAUGAUGUAAGGAAGAUUGAACGCAGUUUGCAUAUUGGGGCGGGGCAAGUAAAAUUGCCCAUCCCACCGGAGAAGAAACUGAUGCCUCCGGGGAAAGAUGAGGAUUCUACUUUGAAGGCUAUGAAGAGGGCUUCUCGUCGCAAUCUUGAUGGCGAUUUGAGUGGAUUCAAGCCGGCUGGUCAAGCGCUACGCACGGUGUCCACUUCAUCUCUUCCGAUUGGGCCGUUUCAGUCAGGUUAUCCAUUUGGCGUCACAGAAGCUAUCAAGUUGGGCCAUCCUUCAGCGAGAGGAGCUGCGACCGUUGGUUGUGGAGGGUUCGCGACUCUUGGUGCGAACGGCCACGGUCUUUUUUUCCCGGGUGCAUGGGUGGCGAUCUAGUCUUCGGAUUGACUGUCGCUAGACUGGGAAAAUUGCUGCGUUUAUGUUUGUUUGUUUUUUUUAGUUUGGCUAUGUGCAUUAGGCAGAGGCCGGAAGUUUGUGUACCAAGACUAUGUAUCCUCUUGAUGUAUCGCUCUUGGUAUCCUUUAAUAUAAAGCUUCCUUUAUCGAAAAAAA